AUGGAGCUGCUGUCCAACGCCCCGGCCCACGCUACCGUGCCAGACAGGUACGUCUUCCCGCCGGAGAAGCGCGCCGCCAUGCAACUCGACCACGACCCCGCCUGCAAGGUGGCCUUCCCCGUCAUCGACCUCCACGGUGGCCGCGCCCUCCUCUCUGACAAUGGCCAGCGCCGCAGCCAGGUCGCGUCCGAUAUCGUUGCCGCCGGCAAGGAGUUCGGCUUCUUCCAGGUAGUCAACCAUGGGGUGGGGGACGAUGCCGUCCAGGCGUUCCGCGCCGCCGCGGCCGCGUUCUUCGCGCUGCCGGCGGAGGAGAAGCAGCCCUACUGCUCCUACGACAUGAGCAAACGCUUCCGGCUCGCCACAAGCACCUCCUACGACGGCGGCGAGACACGGUACUGGCGCGACUACGUCAAGUUCAGCUGCUACCCGGCGUCGGACGACAACGUCCGGUCCUGGCCGUCCAAGCCUGUGGAAUUCGCGCCUCGCCUUGUUGAGUACUGCGAGGCGGUGCAGGAGCUGGCGCAGACGCUCCUCGGCCUCGUCGCCGAGGGACUUGGCCUCGAUUCGGGCUUCUUUGCCGGCGAGCACAGCAGCGGUGACACCAACAUGAGCAUCAACUACUACCCACCGUGCCCAGACCCGGCCGUCACCAUGGGCCUGCCCGCACACUGCGACCGCUACCUCCUCACUUUGCUCACCCAGGACGAUGUGGCAGGCCUCCAAGCAAGGUACGGCGGGCGGUGGCUCCUCAUCUCCCCUGUCCCCGGAGCCUUCGUCGUCAACUUUGGCCACCAGAUGGAGAUCAUCACCAACGGGCUGCUGGCCAGCGUCGAGCACCGUGCCGUCACCAACUCCUCUGCCGUGAGGAUGUCGGUGGCCACGCACGUGCGACCCACGGACGGAUGCCUCAUCAAGCCGGCGCCAGAGCUCGUGGACGAGGCGACGCAUCCGGCCAAGUACAGGGAGUUCCUGUUCAGCGAGUUCUUGGAGGCGUACGACGCCGCAGACGCCAGCAGGGAGGACGAAGGCUCCGUCGGCGAAUUCCAAUGGAUGACAUGCCUGAAGGUUGCCGGAUUGGAUGGAAUUUUCAUCGCGUGCAACCAUAUUUUUUCUGACCGUUUGGUUUCAGAGAGCGCGAUGUGA